AUGGCUUCCAAAGAGGCUGCGCGCCUUCUACUGAAGCGCGAAAUUCAAUCUUCAUGCCGGACUUGGCCAUCAUCACGGACUUCGAUUUCUGCCGUCAAUUCCGCACACCGUUUGUCCCCGCUUACACCAAACAACAGACGACAAUAUUGCAAUGUCGCCAACCAAUUUAACGCCCGCUUACAGCCUGAACAGAGCCGAGCCUUUUCACGGUCGGUUAGGAGGCGUAAUGCGGAGGAAGAUCUCGACCCUACCCAGGUCGAAAGAGAGUCAGAUGAGGUCGACGUCUGUAUUGUCGGAGGAGGUCCCGCAGGUCUCGCGUCAGCUAUUCGGUUAAAGCAACUCGCCAAUGAAGCGGGAAACGAAGAAUUCCGGGUCGUUCUUCUGGAAAAGGCAAGCGAAAUAGGAGCUCAUAUAGUAUCAGGAAACGUCUUACAACCCACCGCUUUGAAUGAAUUACUUCCAGACUGGCUUGAUGAAAAUAACCCGUCACGAUUCGAAAAUGUCACACCCGCUAAGAAUGAUAAGAUGCGCUUUUUGACCAAGACAAUGUCCAUCCCGAUUCCCGCACCGCCUCAAAUGAACAACCAUGGAAACUACAUCGUUAGUCUGAGUGAAUUGACAAAAUGGCUAGGAGAACGGGCAGAAGAACUAGGUGUUGAAGUCUACCCCGGCUUCGCUGCGAGCGAAGUGCUGUACAAGCCCGACGGUUCUGUGCGCGGCGUUGCCACUAAUGAUUUGGGUAUUGGCCGAGACGGAAAGCCUGGAGAAAACUUUGAGAGAGGAAUGGAGUUCAAUGCGCGAGUAACAUUGUUGGCUGAAGGCUGCCACGGUAGCUUGACAAAGCAGGUUAUCAAGAAAUACAAUCUUCGCCGGGAUAGCGAACCACAAACGUACGGUCUGGGCAUCAAAGAAGUUUGGGAGAUUCAACCGGAAAAGUUCAAACCCGGUGAGAUUGUUCACUCGAUGGGUUACCCGUUGCCGUCAGACACCUACGGAGGAGCAUGGAUGUAUCACUUUGGCGACAAUCUUGUCAGUAUUGGACUGGUUGUCGGACUCGAUUACCCUAAUCCUUGGCUUUCGCCAUACCAAGAGUUCCAGAAAUUGAAGCAUCACCCUCUGUUUAAGGACGUUUUGGAAGGUGGUAAAUGCAUCUCGUAUGGUGCACGAGCCUUGAAUGAGGGUGGUUUCCAAUCCAUUCCGAAAGUUGCUUUCCCUGGAGGUGCCUUGAUUGGAGAUACUGCUGGUUUCUUGAAUGUUCCAAAAAUUAAGGGAACUCACACCGCCAUCAAAUCCGGUAUGCUCGCAGCAGAAGCUGCAUACUCUGCUCUCCAAGGAAGCAAUGAUGGUAGUGUUUUCUUGUACGACUACGAGAAGACUUUGCGUGAAUCUUGGAUCUGGAAAGAGCUCAAGGAGGUUCGGAAUAUGCGACCUGCAUUCAGCACUGCUGGCUUGGUUGGUGGAAUCCUAUACUCGGGUCUUGAAGCCUUUAUUCUCCGCGGCAAGGCUCCCUGGACAUUGAAACAUCAUGGCACGGAUUCUGGAGCAACGAAGUUGGCCUCGCAAUGCAACAAAAUCGAAUAUUCCAAGCCCGACGGUGUGAUCAGUUUUGAUAUUAUGACUAGUGUCAGCCGUACUGGUACUAAUCAUGAGGAGGACCAACCUGUUCAUCUUCAAGUCAAGGAUUGGGAUGCGCAUACCGCAGCUUCAUGGCCCAAGUACCGCGGAGUUGAAACUCGAUUCUGCCCUGCCGGUGUUUAUGAAUACCUCGAAGAUCCUUCCAAAGAGCUGGGUGUUCGCUUCCAAAUCAAUGCGCAAAACUGUAUCCAUUGCAAGACUUGCGAUAUCAAAGUUCCGACCCAAGACAUCAACUGGCAGACUCCCCAAGGAGGCGAGGGACCCAAAUACUUCAUGACGUGA